CGCAUUUUAUACCUUGGUCUCGCCAUCAUAUCUUUUCAACUUUUUGGCUGGCUCAAGAGUCUUCUUCCCUUUGCUCCACCGGCGCCUAAUCCACACUGACCACAUCCCACCAAACUUUCACCACCGACCCUCCCCCCAUCGCCGCCGCAAUAAUGUUCGCGCAGGCGGCACCGUCAUCGGCCCGCGAGUACACGCCCGAGCAUAUGCAGCAGUGGAGCUCUCUUCCGGCGGACCCACCACUGCCGGAGCGCGAAGCAGUGCGCGCGAUCCACGUGUACGAUUUCGACAAUACGCUCUUCUGCAGUCCGCUACCCAACUACAAGAUCUGGCACUCGCCGACGCUCAACAACCUGCAAUCGCCGACCUGGCUCGCUAAUGGUGGGUGGUGGCAUGAUCCGCGGAUUUUAGCGGCUACGGGCGACGGGCUGGAGGCAGAGGAGAUGCGCGCGUGGCGCGGAUGGUGGAAUGAGAAUAUUGUACAGCUGGUCGAGCUUAGUAUGCGCCAGAAGGAUGCGUUGACUGUGCUCCUGACUGGCAGGAGCGAUACGGGCUUCGCCGAGUUGGUGCAGAGGAUUGUCAAGAGUCGCGGAUUGGUGUUCGAUAUGGUCGUCCUGAAGCCGAAGGUCAUGCCCACUGGACAGCAGAGUCAGAAUACUCUCGCUUUCAAGACGGUGUUUUUGGCCGAGCUGUUGAAUACCUACUCGGAGGCGCAAGAGCUACGAAUCUACGAAGACCGAGUAAAGCACGUGCGCACCUUCGAGGACUUUUGCAAAAACUACGUCCAGACGACCUACAACCGACGAGCGCACCUCAAGACGGAUGUCAUCCAAGUGGCCGAGACCGCGCGAUCUCUCGAUCCGACCAUUGAGCUCAAGCAAAUCCAGACGAUGGUCGAUGAGCAUAACGAGGUGCAGCGGUCGUUCGGUAUGCGUGGGUUCCAGCCGUUAAGGAUCAAGAAGACGGUUUUCUACACCGGGUAUCUACUCAGUACCGCUACUAGUACGGCGCUGCUGAACGACCUGGACAUUCCAACCAUGUUGGCGAAGGAGAAUGAUGUCAAACUGAUGGCGAAUAACGUUCUCAUCACUCCGAGACCGGCGUCGAAAUCCGUGUUGGCAAAGACCGGCGAUUUCGGGAGUAAGGUCGAGUUCGAAGUCGUCGGUGUGGCUCACUGGGAACAUAAAGUUUGGGCGGCGCUGGUGAAGCCGGUGGAUGAGAGUAUUCGGGUCUAUACGGAUAAUCCGGAGCCGAUAGUAGUGCUCGCUGUCCGACGGGGAUCGAAACCCAUCGAUGCCGGCCGUAUCGACAAAAAUCACUGGAAGAAGCCGGCGCAGACGGUCCGCUUCAACACGGUUGUCGGCGAGAGACUUCUGCUGCGUAUCGAGGAAGAUAACAAUGAAGGUCACCACCACCGACGAAAUGAUUACCGGGGAUCUUGGGAAGGGCACCGAGGAGGCGGCGGCCGACGUGGCCGAACAGGCUUUGGAGGGCGAGGACGAGGAGGAGGCCGUGGUGGAUAUAACGGAGACGUGAGACAUGUCGCGGACCAUGGACCGAUCGGUGCCGUGGAAUCUAUGGGCUGGCUUAACGACGUUUGCUGAGCGAGCGAUAUAUGAUUCAUACAUGAUGUGUAUGAGUUUGGGUUUUGGCGUACAAGGCUGAAUGAAUUUUUGCUCUGGGCUGGUAGGCUGUGUUUUCUACAAUGUGUACUUCCCAGCACUAAGCUUACGGCCGUGGGAUACUUCCUCGAAUGUAAAAGUUGAGGACUUGAAACGUGG